UAUGGAUCGCUUAGUACGCCUGCGCCGAAAUCUGUUUACAAAACGUUGGACCACAGAGGCAUUGCUUGUCGCUUCAUUGAUUCUGUGAAAUCUUGAGGGUGUUUAUAGUCAGAGGGUCAGACUUUUUCCACGGUCCCGAUGCUGGCUCUAUGCAGGUGUCCGCCAGCUAUGAGCUGGAGAUUGUCCCUGCACUGCUCUGCCCUCUCUCUGGGGAGCACGACAAUGAGCAGCCAGCCCUCCACCCCAGCCAGGCCCCAGUUUCUAAGAACCCAGGCUGCUCUGUUUCACCAAAGUAAAGCCAAAGCCAGUCCUGACCCAAACAAGCCCGCUUCAGUGUCGUCCUCUGUGUCCGGGCUGGAGGGCGAGCUGUUUGGGAUGGGGAUGUGGUCGUUGGGUCUGGGCGCUGUCGGAGCUGCACUUGCCGGCAUCUUCCUGGCCAACACUGAUCUGUGUCUGCCUAAAGUUGCUCAGGCAUCGAUGCAGAGCCUCGAAGAUGCUGUCCUGCGCUCCACCACAGAUGACGAUAAAGUCAUCAAAGCAAACAGCCUGUGGGAGACGAACGGGGCUGUGGUCAUGGCCGUACGACGACCAGGAUGAUUUUUGUGCAGAGAGGAGGCCUCUGAGCUGUCCUCUCUGAAGCCCCAGCUGGAAGAGCUCGGGGUCCCUCUGAUCGCCGUAGUGAAGGAGAACGUCGGCACAGAGAUCCAGGACUUCAGACCGCACUUCGCUGGGGACAUCUACAUAGAUGAAAAUAAAAGCUUCUACGGCCCGCUGCAGAGGAAGAUGGGUGGUCUGGGGUUCAUUCGCCUCGGGGUGUGGCAGAACUUCAUGCGGGCCUGGAGGUCCGGUUAUCAGGGCAACAUGAACGGCGAGGGCUUCAUCCUGGGGGGCGUGUUUGUCAUCGGACCAGGAGAUCAGGGGAUUCUCCUGGAACAUCGCGAGAAGGAGUUUGGCAAUAAAGUGGAGACUGCAGAUGUUUUGGAGGCUGUUAAGAAAAUUGUGCCAGAACAAUAAGUUAUUGUCCUAAAACAAAAGGCAUUAGACAAAGGUACACUGUAUAUAGAUCAAAACAUAACUGCAUUUUUAACUUGACACACUGAGAUGCAGUCGAAGAACAUCCAUCACUGAAAUACCAACAUUAUAAUGACAUUUAAGUCUGUUUGCAUUGACUAAUAUCACAAUAUACCUCUGUCUCUUGCACAUUAAUUUACUGUUGGUUAUGUAAUUCGAGCUGUGAAAUGCAGGACAGAGUCAAUGUUAUUAGAGGACUUGUCACUGAUUAUUUCUUUUUUUUACCUCUUCAGACACUUAAAAGAUAGUGUUUUUGAGACGGGUAUUGAAGGUGGAUAGUAAGGGAGCAUUUUCAUUCAGGUACAUCAUUUAUUAAUUUUAAAUUCACUUGAAACAUGCCCUUUAGAGAACCACAUAAGUCAAUCUAGAGGCUUUAUUAUAUAUUUUGUUAAUUAUUCUGUUAUGUCUUUUAGUUGUUCCUUUGUGUUGUUUUGUUUGCUUCUCCUGGUCAGGCACCUGAAUGCUCCUCCAGCAUGGCGGAUGAGCGUGUGUGCAGUCUGUGUGUGUGAUAAUGACAACUUGGCUCUAAACUCAAGCAGAGAGGAGCAGGUUUGAUGCUCAAACACGUACAGGCUCAGCUGCUGCCGCCAUGUUUAGGAGUGUUUGUGCUGCCUGAAGCAUGUGUUUAAGCAUCAGUUUGUGUGAGAGAGUGUACCUUUGUGUGUACCUUUACAUGUGAAAAUAAAAUAAUAAAUAAAGAAGAACUCAUCA